AUGUGGACGCUCAAAGGAGCUUCCAAUGCGUUAAAAGACGUAAGCAGUCUUUUUAUCGCGAAUUUUGCCCCUAGUUCAGCGAAUCGGAAUCCUGAGAUUGAGGCUGCUGUAAUAAAAGCCACCAACCACAACAACUCUCGUGUUGAUUACCGAAGCGCCCAACUCCUAUUUGCAUGGAUUCGUGUUUCGGGUCAUUAUAUCCGUCCAGUAAUGUCGGCCCUUACCACGAGGAUGGAAAAGACCCGCAGCUGGACGGUGGCAUUGAAAGGCCUCAUGCUUUUGCAUGGGGUCUUUACGUGCAAAGUCCCCGCCGUUCAAAAGAUUGGUCGUUUACCUUUUGAUCUCUCGAAUUUCAAAGACCGAAAAUCGAAUAUGUUCCAACAUGAAGCAUUCAUUCGUUCGUACUACACGUAUCUCAAUAAAAAAUCGGCUUUCAUGAUGAAACAUUCCGACGAUAGGAAAGAAGGAACUCUUAGAAGAGGAAUCAAAGAGAGGCCAAAACAAUGGACCAUGAUGCAACAUCUUGCGUGGUUAGAAAAUCUUCAAGGGUUGUUGGAUAUGUUGCUCGAGAUCAAACCGCAAGGAGAGAAGAUGAAGAACGUUUUGGUUCUCGAAGCGAUGAAUUGUAUCAUGCUUGAGAUCUACGAUAUUUAUAGUCGGAUAUGCAACGGGAUUGCUGCGGUUCUCGUGAGGUUAUACUCCAUUGGGAAAACCGAAGCCGGAAUGGCAUUUUCGAUUCUGCAAAAAGCAUCCACUCAGGCUGAGGUUCUGUCUCGAUACAUCGAUUUUUGUAGAGAUUUCGGGGUUACUAAAGCAUCGGAAAGCCCAAAAAUUGUGCAUAUCCGCAAAGACGAUAUUCAACAACUUGAGCAGAUAAUAAACAGGGCUUCAAGUCCACAAAAGGCCGAACAAUUGAUUCCAAGCGAAGAGGAUAAACCGACGAUGCCUGUCGAGGAUAGCGUUGUCAUCAAGAAACCCGAAACCUAA